CAGAACUCCAUCAUCCAACGGUGAAAGCAUAUAAUCUUGGACCCUGAAGAUUCUGGGGCUCCUCUGACCUCCACUAAGGGAGCACCCAAGUGCAAGCUAUUCCGUAGCGGGGCUGCAAUGGCGGCUCCUCCUUAUCGGCCAGACUGCAGCCGGCUGGUCAGGAUCUGCGUUCUCCUGGGGGCUCUAUGGGAAAUACAGGCGGAACAGAUACGAUACUCGGUGCCUGAGGAGCUGGACAAAGGCUCUUAUGUGGGCAACAUCGCCAAGGACCUGGGACUGGAGCCCCGGGAACUGUCAGAGCGGGGAGUCCGCAUCAUCUCCAGAGGUAGGACGCAUCUCUUUGCUCUGAACCCUCAAAGCGGCAGCUUGGUCACCGCGGGUAAGAUAGACCGGGAAGAGCUCUGUGAGAGAUCUGCAAAGUGUGUAGUAAGCCUGGAGAUUCUUCUGGAGGACAAAGUGAAGAUUUUUGGAGUAGAAGUGGAAAUAAUUGAUGUUAAUGAUAACGCACCCAACUUUGGGAUAGAGCAAAGGGAAAUAAAAGUCGCUGAAAAUGAAAAUCCUGGGACAAGAUUUCCUCUUCCUGAAGCUUUUGAUCCAGAUGUAGGGGUCAACUCCCUGCAGGGUUACCAGCUUAGUUCAAAUGUUCACUUCUCCCUAGACGUGCAAAGUGGAGUGGAUGGCAUUAAGUACCCUGAGCUGGUGCUGGAGCUUGCCCUAGAUAGAGAAGAAGAGGCGGUUCACCACCUCCUCCUCACCGCCUUUGAUGGAGGUGAACUGGUUCGCUCUGGCACUGUCGAGAUUCAUGUAACUCUUGUGGAUACCAACGACAAUGCUCCUGUAUUUACUCAGCCAGAGUACCACGUGAAUGUUCCGGAGAAUGUGCCAGUGGGCUACUGGCUACUCACUGUAAAGGCCACUGAUCCAGAUGAAGGAGCCAAUGGAGAAGUAACAUAUUCUUUCCGCAAAGUGAGUGAUAAAAUGUCCCAACUAUUCCAGUUGAAUUCUUUGACUGGGGACAUAACAAUAGUGGGGGAUCUAGAUUAUGAAGACUCUGGAUUCUAUGAUAUAGAUGUAGAAGCCCAUGAUGGACCUGGUCUCCGAGCCAGAAGUAAAGUUCUGGUGACAGUUCUGGAUGUAAAUGACAAUGCUCCAGAAGUCACAGUUACAUCUCUCACCAGCUCUAUCCAAGAAACUUCUUCCCCAGGUACAGUAAUUGCACUUUUCAAUGUGCAUGACAGUGAUUCAGGAGAGAAUGGCCUUGUCACAUGUUCUAUUCUGGAUAAUCUGCCAUUCACACUUGAAAAGACCUAUGGAAAUUAUCAUCGUCUGUCGACACAAAGAACACUGGAUAGGGAAGAAGUCUCAGAAUAUAACAUCACAGUAACUUCCACUGAUCAUGGAACUCCACCACUGUCUACAGAAACUCACAUCUCAUUGCAUGUGGCAGACAUCAACGACAACCCACCUACUUUCCUUCAUGCUUCCUACUCUGCCUACAUUCCUGAAAACAACCCUAGAGGAGCUUCCAUUUUAUCCAUGUCUGCCCAGGACCCUGACAGCAUUGAGAAUGCCAGAGUAACUUACUCCUUAGCUGAGGACACACUCCACGGGAUGCCUCUCUCCUUCUAUGUUUCCAUCAACUCUGAUACUGGUGUCCUGUAUGCAUUGUGCUCUUUCGACUAUGAGCAGGUUAGAGACCUGCAACUACUAGUGACAGCCAGCGACAGCGGGGACCCUCCACUCAGCAGCAAUGUGUCCUUGAGUAUUUUUGUUCUGGAUCAGAACGACAAUUCCCCUGAAAUCCUGUACCCUGCUCUCCCUACUGACGGUUCCAUAGGCGUGGAGCUGGCACCCCGAUCAGCAGAGCCUGGCUACCUGGUGACCAAGGUGGUGGCAGUGGACAGAGACUCUGGCCAGAACGCCUGGCUGUCCUACCGUCUACUCAAGGCCAGCGAGCCAGGGCUCUUCAUGGUGGGGCUGCACACGGGCGAGGUGCGCACUGCACGGGCCCUGCUGGACAGAGAUGCGCUCAAGCAGAGUCUGGUGGUGACGGUGCAGGACCACGGCCAACCCCCUCUAUCAGCCACUGUCACACUCACAGUGGCGGUGGCUGAAAGCAUUCCAGAAGUCCUGGCUGACCUGAGCAGCCUCAAGCCCUCAGCCUAUGCUGAUGACUCUAGCCUCACGCUGUACCUGGUGGUGGCAGUGGCCACAGUUUCCUGUGUCUUCCUUGCCUUUGUCAUUGUUCUGCUGGCGCUCAGGCUGAGGCGCUGGCACACUUCGCGUCAGCUCCAGGCUGUGGGGGUCGGAUUGGCUGGAGUGCCAGCCUCGCACUUUGUGGGCAUGGAUGGGGUGCGAGCUUUCCUGCAGACCUAUUCCCAGGAGGUCUCCCUCAGGGCAGAUUCCAGGGAGAGUCAUGUGAUCUUCCCCCAGCCCAACUAUGCCGACACGCUCCUCAGCCAGGAGAGCUGUGGGAAAAGCGAGCCUCUUCUCAUAACUCAGGAUUUACUUGAAACAAAAGGAGACCCUGGUUCUCAUCAGGUGAGUCAAUCUUGCCGCACCAAAACAUAG